ACAAGAAACAUUCCCUUCAGAAUUUAAUUGGCAAGCAUUCAGCUAAUAGUUGACCAAACUACACACUUUUGAAUCACCCUCUUUUUUGUAUUCUCUAAAGUUACAUAUGGCGUAGAAUUUGUGUUCAAAUCCAAUUUCGAAUUAUCAAAAGAAAGGGGUAUGGAAGGUGAGAGAGGUGUUCCCAAUUAUGAGCUUCAAGUUUCAUUCACAAGCACCCCUCAAGCCAUUCAUGAAAUGGGUUUUGUUCAAUUUGAAGAAAACCAGGUUUUUAGUUUCUUGGCAACCUCUUCACAAUCCCAAUCUUCUCAGCUCUCUCAAUCUCUAAACGCUGGUAGCGGCAGCGGCAGUACCGUCGCUACAGCCGCCGCCGCCCCAACUACCGCAACCAUAGGUUUCAGCCGUAAUGACCUUGUUAGCAGAACUUCUUGGAAUAACGAACAGGUGCGAACUCUGGAUCCCAAUAAGGCUAUUAAUGAUGAAAAUUGCACUGGAAAUACUAGUGAUGGCAACAACACAUGGUGGAGGAGUGCAAGCUCAGAGAAGAGCAAAGUGAAAAUGAGGAGGAAGCUUAGAGAGCCAAGGUUUUGUUUCCAAACAAGAAGUGAUGUGGAUGUGCUUGAUGAUGGUUACAAAUGGAGGAAGUAUGGUCAGAAGGUUGUCAAGAAUAGCCUUCAUCCAAGAAGUUAUUAUCGUUGCACCCAUAACAACUGUAGGGUGAAGAAAAGAGUUGAACGACUCUCAGAAGAUUGUCGUAUGGUGAUAACUACCUACGAAGGCAGACACAAUCACUCUCCUUGUGACGACUCAAAUUCAUCUGAACAUGAAUGUUUUACCUCUUUUUGAACAAUGUCGUUUCAAUAAUUAAUAUGUAUUAAUAAUUAGUUGUCAUAAUUUUUCAUCAGGGAUACUGCCAUACUUAUAUGGUUAUUGAGUUCAGUGUCUUCUUCAAGGAUGAACUCAAUUGUAUGUUGUUUCUUAUAUAUAAAAAAACCUUU